AUGCCAGGGGUUGCAGUGGCUGGAGGCUUGGGGCAGCUGGGUCAGGCUAUCGUUGACGCCCUGCUUAGUAAUGGGAAUUAUAAUGUCUUGGUUCUUACUCGAAAGGUGCCUACAGUCACGGAGAGCGAGAUCAAUGCUUCUGUUAUAGCGGUCGAUUACAACAACAUCGAUGCACUUGCUUCCAUUCUUGAGACGCAUCAAGUGCAGAUCGUCAUAUCGGCGAUUGACACUUUGAAUGGAAGCGCACCUGAGCUGAGCCUGAUUCAAGCGGCUGAGAAGUCGGCAACAACAAAACGUUACGUGUCUUCCUUCUGGGCGCAUGACUAUCCUGAUGAGUUCAAAGAGUACUUCUUCGCUAGGCCCAAGUACGAUGCAUUAAAAGUUCUAGAUGCCACAUCACUGGAGUACACUGCCUUCCGGAUCGGGUGGUUCAUAGACUACUACGUUGCGCCCUAUGUCAAAUCCCACAUACGACCAGAAGGCUUGUUCGUCGAUAUGGAAAACAACGCUGCUGCAAUUCCCGGAUCUGGCACCGCCCCAGCCGUCUUCACACACAGCCUCGACGUGGCCCGUUUUGUCGUUGCUUAUCUCCAGCUUCCCAAGGGGGAGAAAAGCGCAUACAUCUUAGGCGAUAGGCUUACGUGGAAUGAAUUCGUCCAAAUUGCUGAGGACGUCAAAGGAGUCAAGUUCAGGGUUACCUAUGACUCUGAGAGCUCACUAGAAGCCGGCGAGAUUACCGAGCUCCCCGCUCAUCGACGCCUAUACGAACAUGUGCCUAAAGAACGUAUCCAAACGAUCUUGAGUAUUUACGGUCGUGACUUUGCCAUGGGAGGCUUUAAUUUCGACCCCCCGCUCUUGGUUAACGAUCUGUUUCCAUCCAUCAAGGCCAAGACUGUUCGAGAGUUAGUUGAGGAGGCGUGGGGCAAGAAACCAGCGUGGUAG